GGACAUGGUAUCGAUGCCUCCCUUUUUGGUUUUCAGCGUUGACAUUGGGAGACAGACCUAACAAACGAUAAUGAGGGCGGAGGAGUUUUGCAUCUUGUUAAAAGAAAGACGAAAAGCUUUAGCAGAUAUUAUAUUCUCUGAAUUUGGAAAAGAUAUGGAAAACAAACAGAACUCACGUAAUGAGGCGUGCGCUGCCCAAAAUAAUUUCCUUGAUGUUGAUGCUGAGGUAGAAAACCAAAUAAAGUCAAUAGCCGCAUAUCGUUACGAGAGGUUAAUAAAUGAUAUUGAACUCCAGGUAAAAGGACCCAAGUUACCCGGAAUUAAUGAUAAAGAGACUAAAAUCGGUAUUGACAAAAUGAUUCACUUGUAUUUAAAGCGUCAAAGCAACAUAAAUAAAGAUUCAAAUUCGGAAAAAAACCGUGAAAAACUAUGUCGUUUGUUAGAGACUGCCAGAUCACAGAAAAAUUCUAGGAAUACUAUCGUCAAAAAGCUGAAGGGAUCUGCAUCGCGUAAGAUUCGUCCAGCUGUAUCACAAGGUUUCACGAAGCACAUACGCCGAGUUCAAUGCUUCAAUGGUAAAUCAGAAAAGAGCCCUGUUGAUCACUGGCCGUCGUCAGAAAAUGGCUUUUUCUGUUUACUUAGAGGAUUUCUUACACAUGGAGGUGUACGGAGGAGACUAACUACAGCUCAGAUUUGUGAAUAUGUUCGUGAAUGGCAAGCCUGCAAUCAAAACAGGUUAAGAAAGGUUGGGAGAGGUUGCAGCUGGAUCGAUCGGGUUGAGGACUGGUCUUCUGUAACUCAUCAUGCAUUAGAUUUUCUUACCGCGGAAAGUCCACCCGAAAGUAUCAUACGUAACAGUUCUCGCCGACUUGUUUGUCCGAGACCGUUUGUCAAUUUAAAACCACGCAUUCAUCAGUGGUGUUGGCUUCUGUAUCCUCCAUCAGGAAUAAACCCUAAAGUUGACCAAGAAUGGAUCCAAAAAUUUGGACUGGAAACCAGCGAGUUGACGAGUUUAUUUUCUGAUUGGCUUCGAGCUCCUCGUGGUCUUGGUGGGCUGACAGAUGCAGUUUUGUCGAUAUCAGAUUCCUUGCUUGUGAGUGGGAGGAAUAAAGUCAAACCCAAUAAGAAUACAAAUUCUUCAAUUAAGGAAAAACAGUAUUCUGAAGAAUCUGAUGGUGACGGUGGUGUAGAAGACUCAGAAAUUGAUGAAGGUGAAAAAUGUCUGCGGAUAGACGAAUGCCAAGCUGAGUCAGAUGAUGGCGAUAAGAAAAGUGGAGACAUCCAAAAGAUUAGAAGAAACGUUUCAUCAAAACACUCUCAACAGUCAAUAUCCCACGAAGAUAAUCGACUUUAUUCCGACGAUGAUAUUCCUCCACCACUUUAUCCAACUAGAUGGAAACUCCGACCAUUUUCAGAGGAAGAGAAGGCUGAUUUUCAAUUGCAAGAAGCUGAACGUUUUUCUCAUCCAUGGUCUCCAUUUGUUUAUCAUAUACAAAACUACUGCGCUGUAGUUGGACCGUUACGCUCAGCUCCAAGUCCUUUAAGUCAUGACUUAGCGUUGUAUAAUUCUGGUCGUAAUUGGUCUAGUCACUCAAAGGCUAGAGACCAUCCUUUACUGCGGCUUGACCGUCCUAUGUUUGUAAGUUUAGCUGAAAUUGUUCGAGACGCUGUGGCUUGUUUGCCCAAUGGAGAAGGUACUCGUGCGGAUAUCACCACCAUUGUACAGAAUAGCGGUUUUUUACUGCCAAAUGUUAAUCCACGCCAGUUACAACAGUGUGUUAGUUCUGCGUUGGAUCGAUUACAAGGCGAAACUUCUGAUCCGUCGGUCUACUUUAAUAACAAUCGUCGUAUGUGGAUUUAUCGUCAUAGACAUAGGACUUUUGAAAAGUUUGUUGCUCAUGUGCUUACAACUUUCUGGUCUGCAUCGAUUAUCAAUAAAAAUGUAGUUGCCGCUUCCCUUUGCCUUCUGAUAUUAUACACCAUUCAGAUUGUUAUAAUAACGGUUAUCAAGACGAUCGAUUAACGAAGCACUACACUACAUAUUGGUAAUCCCGACGUACGAACACGCAACACUAUUGGCGAUCCCGAAUUACGAACGCGAAGCAAAGUUGGCAACCUCAACGUACGGCUACAUAUUGGUUAGCCCGAGAUGCGAACACGUAACAAAAUUGGAUGCCUCGCCGAACGAACACUCAACAUAUUGGUGAGCUGUAUUUGGAACACGCAACAGAAUUGGCGACCACAACGAGCGAACACAAACCAAAAAUGGAACCGUCGACGACAUAUUCUGUUAUGAUUCAAAUAAUCAUCAUAUGCUCAUUAUUACAAUAAUGUCAUAUAAUCAUCUAACGUGGAAUUAUUAUUUUUGUUCGUAUUGACAUUAAACUAUGACAUUUACGCAGUCAUAUCACUAAUCGAACAAAUUAUAAUGAUAUGGACAUUACACGUUAUGAUAUUCGAAACUCACUGGAUUAUUUUUAUUAUCCAAUGACGAAAAUUUUUCCUGAUUCGGGUGAGUUCGUUCCAAUUUUUUUUAAUGUCAUUUUCGGCUUAAUAUUACACUCUAUCAUAGACAUAAGUUUGGAGUCAUACUCCCGAUAGUAGGAACUUAUGUUCUCGAUAGACAACUAAUGUUCAUUCAUCUCAUCGGUACUCAGCAAUCGUCGUUUUCUACUUUUUACGCGACAACCUUAACUGAGCUUCAGCAAUUUUGGUUUCACGAUGAUCCCUACUUUAAUGUCUAUACAUAAACCAAGUAUUUGACGCCGCAUUACCAGCCGAUUAGUAAUGAUUAUGUUCAUAUUAUUUAUUCAUUCACAUGUAUAUCUGAAUGCUGCAUCAUCCAUCACCGAUAAUCACAAUUCGAUUACUGCAAUUAAUAUUUUAUUUCCAUUGUACUGUACACCAGAACAUAGAGUUUAGAGCUAGUCUCUCAAAGAUACACUCUUGUUCGUCACAUUCAAGUCAGUCUCACUCGCUGUCAUCGACAAUCAUAUGUAUUGGUAUUUUUAUUACGCCUUCAAACGGUUUCGUAACAAACGAGGUUGAGCGCAUAUCCCUCUAACUACACAAACCACGAUAGGCUGCAUGACCAUAAGGGAAUACGACUCCGCAUAUCUCGUUUCAUCAGUCACUAUCCUGUUCCUCUGGUCAUUCUACUAAUACAUAUUUAACGAUAACUCAACGCAAGCGACAACGCACACUGACUUCGCAUUUUAUUAUCAUUAUCAGUGCAGCAACGAAUAUCAACCGUUGAUGAAGUCAUCAUCCUACGGCUGGAUUAUUUUUUAUCCCACGUAAACUCCAAUCGUGUAAAUUCGAAUCCACUCAUCGCCAAUCGACUCUAUUUACUCGACUGCAGCUUAUCAGAACAUAUUUCACUGUUAUUUAUCCUCAUAUUCAAUCAGCACCACAGGGCAAUUACUGUUAUACUCUAUUUUCACUAUAUUUCAAAUCGCUCAUACGAACAUGUUAUUUUAUCAUUCGGACAGUCACUACAUAAAUUCAUGUUAAAUUUUUUCGAACGCUUACUAAUGUACUCAUAAUCACAUGCUAGCAUCCCUAUUUUUGUCCGCACUUUGACAAUAUUCAUGUUCCUUUUUACAUAAGUAUGACACUUUCGCUUAAUACGCUCACCCCUCACAUGACACUGUAAUUCAUCAGCUGAACUACAUGAAGCAAGAUGCGCUGUUAAUGAAACCAAGAAAAUUAUUCAACGUGGUGGCAGCACAUCUGUUCUGAAUAUUAACAAAACAGUUAAACCUACUAACCAAUUAAUUCCUGACAAGUAUUCAGAAUAUUCUAGCAAACAAAGUAAUUUACGACAUAAUUCUUCAAAAUUUUCUGGACGUUAUCAUAAUCAUCAUCACAGUGGGAGACAUAUUCAAUCAGGUUAUAUCAGUCGAGAUUAUGGGUAUAUGGAAUUAAACAGAAACUAUUCAUUUAUUGAUGAUGAUCAUAUACCUGAUAUUGAAGAAUUAGAAGCAGCUGAUGAAGUCAAUAUGAUGGAAUAUAAUUGUACAUCUGCUAAUUAUUCAAUGAAUUCUAAUAAUGUCAAAGGUCAUAUUGGUGCAGUGGUUGAUAACACAGAUUAUGACGAUGGUAAUGAAAUGGAUGAAGUGGAAUAUGAAAAUGAAAUUCUAGGUGCUUGGGAUGAUGAUAAUUCUACUGACCGAAUAAUCAAUCAUCCUACUGGUCAACAAAAACGAGGGAACCAACAAUUCAACAAAAUACCUAGAUAUUUGGAUCCAUUUCAGUCAAGAAGUCCAACAUCAUUUAUAUUGCCAUCAAAUAAUUAUUCUCAGUCAACCAUUAGUAAUUAUAAACAAUCACGAUUAAAUGAUUCUAAUUAUUCAUCGAACUCAAAACGAAUUCAUAAAAACUACACAACUGUUGCUGCAAAUGAUGAUGAUGAUGACGUUGAAAUUGGAAACUAUAUUAUUGACAGUGAAGAGAUGAACGAGGAAUAUUUCUAAGCUUGAUGAAUCAUUAUCUAAUUAAUGAUGUGUAAAUAUCUCAAAUCUUUUAAAAAUCGGAUUUAGAUAAAGUGAUUUGUUUCUUUCUUUUGAUUGCCUAUAGAUUUCUUCCAUCUUUUUAAUUUCUUUGCGAUUUCAAAAAGAGAAAACAACCCUGUUAUUCUUUAAUUUCUCUUCCAUUAGUAAUAUUCAUUUAUGUUUAAUUUAACUGUAAUUAAAGUGUAAAUCAAAAUUUCAUGUGUACAACUAUUUGACCUACCUGCAAAUAAAUCAGUAGUGUCAAUCAUAAACCAUAAAUAAAUUAGUUGUACAUUGAUC